GCGGGGCGGGGCGGGCGGACGCCAUCGCGUAGCUACCGGCCGGCGGCGGCCUGGUCAAGACAUCCGCGGCGUCCUCGCCGCCCUCCGCUCGCCUACGCCGCCCGGGCCUUCGCCUCGGUCCCCGGGGCGGCGCGCGCGGCCGGGUUGGGCGGCGGCAGCGGCGGCGGCUCGGGGCAUGAGGAGGCGGCGUCGCGCGGAAACGAUGCUGUGGAGCUGAGGAGACGCGGACACACGGCGCGGCGGCCAAGCGCAGCGCCUAUCCGCGGGAUGGCUCAGGCGGCCGGCCCGGCAGGCGGCGGGGAGCCGAGGGCCGACCCGGCGAGCGGCGAGGGGCCGCCGGAGGCCGGCGCGGCCGGGGGCACGGAGGACGCCCUGAGCCUGGAAGAGAUCCUGAGGCUCUACAACCAGCCCAUCAACGAGGAGCAGGCGUGGGCCGUGUGCUACCAGUGCUGCGGCUCCCUGCGCGCCGCGGCCGCCCGCCGCCGCCAGCCCCGCCGCCGCGUGCGCUCGGCCGAGCAGAUCCGCAUCUGGAGGGACGGCGCCGUCACCCUGGCGCCCGCCGCCGGCGACGAGGGAGAGCCGCCCCCCACUGCGGGUAAAUUGGGAUAUUCACAAUGUACAGAAACAGAGGUUAUUGAAUCUUUGGGAAUUAUUAUUUAUAAAGCACUGGACUAUGGUUUAAAGGAGAAUGAAGAAAGGGAAUUAAGCCCUCCCUUAGAGCAGCUUAUUGAUCAUAUGGCCAACACCAUAGAAGCUGAUGGGAGCAAUGAUGAAGGCUACGAAGCUGCGGAUGAAGGCCUGGAAGAUGAAGAAGAUGAAAAGAGAAAAAUUUCAGCUAUCCGUUCCUAUCGGGAUGUAAUGAAGUUGUGUGCUGCUCAUCUCCCAACUGAAUCAGAAGCACCAAAUCAUUAUCAGGCAGUGUGUCGUGCACUGUUUGCAGAGACGAUGGAGCUGCAUACAUUUCUGACCAAAAUUAAGAGUGCAAAGGAGAAUCUUAAGAAGAUUCAGGAAAUGGAAAAGAGUGAUGAGUCUAGCACAGACCUGGAGGAACUGAAAAAUGCUGACUGGGCACGUUUCUGGGUACAGGUGAUGAGGGAUUUACGGAAUGGGGUAAAACUUAAGAAGGUUCAGGAGCGACAGUACAAUCCUUUGCCCAUUGAAUAUCAGCUCACCCCUUAUGAAAUGCUAAUGGAUGACAUUCGAUGCAAAAGAUACACUUUGCGAAAAGUGAUGGUGAAUGGUGAUAUUCCCCCUCGGUUAAAAAAAAGUGCUCAUGAAAUCAUCCUGGACUUCAUCAGAUCAAGACCUCCUUUAAAUCCAGCCUCAGCCAGAAAACUGAAACCAACCCCACCUCGGCCACGCAGCCUCCAUGAAAGAAUACUAGAAGAAAUUAAGUCAGAAAGAAAACUGCGACCUGUCUCACCAGAAGAGAUCAGACGGAGCCGAUUAGCAAUGCGGCCACUUAGCAUGUCUUACAGUUUUGACUUGUCAGAUGUAACUACCCCAGAAUCUCCAAAGAAGGUUGUGGAAUCAUCUAUAGUGAACGGAGGUUUGACGUCACAAACAAAAGAAAAUGGGUUAAAUGCCACACAGCAUGUGCCUGUGCAACGCAAGAAGCUCCUCAAAGCCCCAACCCUGGCCGAACUGGACAGCUCCGACUCCGAGGAGGACACUCUGCCCAAGUUGGCCGGCAGCAGCAGCAGCAGUAGCAGCAGCAGCAGCAGUGGUGUGUCUCCCCCCAUCCCUGAGGAGCUGGCAGCCGGGGCUGUGUGCCCGAGGAAGAAGCCUCCAAAAUUCUUGCCCAUAUCAUCAACACCCCAGCCAGAGAGGCGGCAGCCACCUCAGAGACGACAUUCCAUUGAGAAGGAGACCCCCACCAACGUGAGGCAGUUUCUGCCCCCAUCCAGGCAGAGCUCCCGCUCUCUUGUUCCUAGGAUAACCAGUGUAUGGCCCAGGACGCCUUUCCGACCACUUUUUUCUACCAUACAAGCAGCUUCUCUGCUCAGCUCUCAUCCUUUUGAAGCAGCCAUGGUUGGGGUAGCAGGGGCUAUGUAUUAUCUGUGUGAGAGAGCUUUUACCAGCAGGUGGAAAUCCUCAAAGGAGGAAUUCUGCUACCCAGUGGAAUGCCUCGCUCUUACUGUGGAGGAAGUGAUGCAUAUUCGGCAGGUCCUGGUGAAGGCAGAGCUGGAGAAAUACCAACAGUAUAAAGAUGUCUACACCGCCCUGAAAAAAGGAAAGCUCUGCUUUUGUUGCCGAACCAGGAGGUUUUCCUUCUUCACUUGGUCUUACACCUGUCAGUUCUGUAAGAGGCCCGUGUGCUCACAGUGUUGCAAAAAGAUGCGGCUGCCCUCCAAGCCAUACUCCACACUUCCUAUCUUUUCACUGGGACCUUCAGCCUUGCAACGAGGGGAAAGUUGUGUGAGGUCAGAAAAGACCUCCACUGGCCACCAUCGGCCGCUCCGGAGCAUCGCCAGGUUCUCCUCAAAAUCUAAGUCUGUGGACAGAUCAGAUGAAGAACUGCAGUUUCCCAAGGAGCUGAUGGAGGACUGGAGCACGAUGGAAGUGUGCGUGGACUGCAAAAAGUUCAUUUCCGAAAUCAUCAGCUCAAGCCGACGCAGCCUGGUACUGGCCAACAAAAGAGCCCGGUUGAAAAGGAAAACACAGUCUUUCUACAUGUCUUCACCGGGCCCCUCAGAGUACUGCCCCUCCGAGAGGACCAUCAAUGAGAUCUGAGCCUGUGCCUUGCAGUCACUCUGUGUCCAGGCUGGCACGGGUGUGCGAGAACACUGACCCAGGCCAGCUCUGCUUCCUGCGGUUUAUUUAACAGGCUUGAAUUUGCAUUAGAUCAGAUUUUUGCUGCAUCACAUUGUUCCACAGACUGAAUGCUGUGUUCGUAUCGAUUGAUGCUAUGUGACAGGUCAGCCAAUUGCUCGUUUGCACUGAGAGAGGACAAGAGUUUGAGACUUGCUUUUGUGAGUGUGUGGCUUUGGAAGCCUGAAACCUUUUCCUUGGCUCAGUUCCUUACUCGUCUUCAAAUUAUUUCCUGACUAAGGCAAAAAGCUUCUCACGUGAGAAAUCAGUGUGACAGAGGUGUCGAUGUUAGCACAAUUCUAAGCAGUAAGUCAUAUUGGCAUUUCCACAUGACAGUGUUCCUAUCUCAUGUACAUAACAGCCCAGAGCCUGCCCCGCGCCAGGCACUUGCAGGCGGACCCAGCUCUGUGUCACCUCACGGCACAAAACCUACAAGACACUGCUGAUACCAUCCAGCUGAUUUUUAGAUCAUUGUUGCCCUGAGACAAAAACUGUGUCAGGGGCUUUGCACCUGCAUCCUAGUGCAAGACAUCGCAAUAAGCUGCGCCCCACGAGGACGGCCGGUUUCUCUGAGCAGCCGUGGUUUGUCUGGUGCUCUGGUCCAGUGUCUCCUGAGUGGGUGACACUUCAUUCCCUGUCAUGGAUGUGUAAUAAUGGUUACCAGUAAUUUGAUAAAGAAGGUCUAGGAAUUAAGUUUAGUGGGAAUUUCAGGACAAGGGAAAGCUACAAACAUGUUGAACUGUUGAGUGUAUUUUGGUUAACUGUGGGAAGGGCUGGGACAGCACAGGGUGCCAGAAGGAAGGCGCUCAUACAUUUUCAGCAUUUUUCACAACUUUAUAGUACAGCCGUCAUGACUAAAUUCAGCCACAAUUUGGUACCUAAGGCCUCAAACUGAAAUUUAUUUUUAUAAAUGAAUUUUAAAAGAAAAAUAUAUCUAGUUCCUUUAAAACUACCAAGAUAAUUAACCUGCUGACAGCAACAUUUUUGGAUGCUUUUUGCAACUAGUUUUCCUUAGAAGUGACUCAAAUGAGUAGGUUGGGUUUUUGAUGAAGGUAGAUUGGAGGGCAGCUUUGUGUAUCUGAAAUUUCUCAGUUUCUUUGGCCCAUCCCACGUGCUUUAUCAUUUUGGUGUGCUUGGAAUGACCAACCAAUUCAAAUUGCCAUUGAUGUUAGGAAAAUUAGAUGGUACACAUACACAGUUUCUUGAAAGGUACAAAACACAAAUGCAAUCAACACUGUGACAGCACCAUUUAACAAAAGGCAUGUCUGUCACAUUUCAUAAUACAUCAAAAUAUAGGAACAUUUCUGUACUAAGUUAACAGUAAUACCUCAGAACUGCUCCAGUAGUAAUUUUUAAUGGAUUGAAAUUUUAAAUUUAGUAAAUGGCUUUAAAUUACAUAAUGAAAUAAACUUUAACAGUUGACUAAAGUAAUGCAUGUUAACAGUCCCGUCUGUAUUUGCAUGUGAAUGUGGGCCACCAGGGAACCCUUCCUGACAAUGUAAGCUCAAUUAAGUUUAUUAUUUUUAAAGGCUCUUGUUAAAGGGCUUUAAAAGUUAUACCAGGGGAAUAUCAUUUAUAAAAUUUUCCAUGAGACCACUUGAACUUGAUACUGCAGUUAGGUGGAAGCCAUCUCCUUUGACGGCCACAGGCUUGACCGUCCUCAGUGGUCAAGAGGUCCACUUCCAGGAGAGGAAGUGGUGGUCUGUGGCACAUAAACCUGCACCUGGGCAGUGUGCGUUUUGAAAUCUAAGAAGCUGAGCCACCUGAAUGAGAAUUUUGUUCACAUUCACAAAGCAAAUACCUAGUAACUGCCUUCACCUCUCCGGGUUUAUGAUACGGUAUAGGAUGACUUGGGCAUUGUGAUUACCUCUUCCCAGAGCAUCAGAAUGUGAAUGCCAACCGCAUGAACAAGGUUUGCCAGGGGCUUUAAGGAGAUAAGUGCAGGUGUGUCCAUGUGAAACCGUUUGCAGAAAGUAGCUAAGAAAAAGCCCAGGCACAGUUACUAUUGUAGAAGUUAAAUUAGCAUUAUUUUGGGUGCCAAAACAAAUGUUUGGAUUUAACCCUCUCUCAACGUGACGUGUGCCUGCUCCUCUACAUUCUUGAGUUAGCUGAUUUCCCAUGGAGUGAUUCACUAGGAGUUAUGGAGCUUGACUUUCAAAUCCUUAGCCUAGUCUGAUUUCAGAGCCUCCUUUUCUCUCAUAAAAUAACCUGCAGUGUUUCUCUUUGUCCGUGUUUCCUGCUGCCCAGCUUUUACUUCUGAUCCAACAACAAAAAUAUUGUUGUCUGGCUGGACUCAGUUGAUGUCUGAUGUGUGCAUAUCUGAACCCAUCCCUCCUCUCAUCCAGCUCCCUCCCAGUGUGAGCACCAGUUCCUUUUGUCCCCUCCACCAAGAGUCACCAUGUUGGGAACCCUCUGCUUCCCUCCCCAUGGUGUAACUUUUUAUCAGUGUCAGAGUAUAUAACAAUGUUUGUAAAUACUGUAAUAUAUUUAUUAAUAAUUGAAAGGCAUUCAUUCAGUGGACAAUGGGGAUUAACUCUCCCAAGGCAAGUGAAAAUUAAAUAAUUUAUAUGUACAUUGACUUAACAUUGUCUUACUAGAUUUUGAGUCUUAAGCCUUUCAGGUUAAACUAAGAAGGUUGUUAAUGUAGGAGUUUUUAAAAUGUCUUAUGUUUGAAGCGGUUAUGUGAUUAUCACCAUGAACUCAUACCAUGAAAUUUUUAAGGCUUUUAUUUUUCUAACUAUAUUAAUAAAUACAGGACUGGAUUUUAGGUGUCAUACGGAAACGUGAAAGUUUUAAAUCAUGUUGCUGUGUGCUAAAGCAGACUAGUGAAGCAUUUUGUACGUGCAAAACUGCUGAAGGACCGAGAAGAAAUGUGUACUACUGACUGGCUCCCUGUGUGUGUCAGAGUCAGGCAUUGUUGGCAUUCAGGGUUACAGGAUGGUACCAAGUGUUUUCCAUUUUAUUUUAAGGAAAUUUAUUUAGGGAAGAAUAAAAUGGCUUUCAUCAGA